AUGGCCUUUCUACUCGUUCAUUCGCCCCUCGUUCACAGCCGCCUCGGCCCCACGAUCUGCACUCCAGCUCCGGGAAGUACCGUGACUCCUGCCUUUGUCAAACAGGUCAUCGUUGGCCUUGCACCCCUCAUGUACGCACGAGUGGAUCCUAUCGUCUCCCCCAAUAAGGCCUCAGCCCAUGUGCACUUGGGCAUGGGUGGCUCCAAUUGGAAUGCCUCGAUGGAGGCCGACACCGCCCUCGACUCGUCGUGCACAUCGACACAGGCCAAAGCGGACAACAGUGUCUAUUGGACUCCAAGGUUGAGUUUUAGAUCCCCCCAGAACGGUAGCUACAUCUCCGUGCCUGCUACUCAAGAAAAGGUCUACUACAGCUCUUCUAUGCCAACUUCCGACAAGAUCGUAGCCUUCCCACCAGGCUUUCAAAUGCUUAUUGGCGAUCCUUACAAGCGCAGCCAGCCGGAUGCCACCCCGCUGGAGGGCGGAGGAAUCUAUCUCGGAAGAGACUCUGGCCAGGGCAUCCCCCAACCAGUCCAGUUCACGUGUCCCACGGCGGACGGUUCCAAUCCAUAUGCGAAGCAAAAUCCAUAUGGUAAUUCCGGCUUGGGCUUCCCUAUGGCCAAUUGCGACGCAUCUGGGACAGGCCUGCGGUACGACGUUUACUUCGCCGAUUGCUGGGACGGUAAAAGCCUCACGCAAGACCUCACAGCACCCACGUCUGGGAGAAAUUACUCGAGCACUGCCGGCACCAAAAACGGUGAACAGAAUUGCCCGGCAGGCUGGACGCAUUUCCCAGCAAUGCACAUGGAAGUCUAUUGGGACAUUGACAGCUUCAAGACAAGCGGUGUCUGGAAUCCUGCUAGUGACGCCUGGCCCUUCGAAUUGGCGCAAGGCGAUCCUUUGGGUUUCGGUCUCCACGGAGAUUACUUUGCCGGUUGGGGAAAGGACACUCUGCAAACCCUCAUUGACGAAUGUUAUACAUGUGAUGGUGACAACGAGGUCGAUGCGUGCUUGGAUCCCUCCGUUAUCAACACCCCCGACGAGAUGAAUGCAUGCAACGUGCCGUCCCCUGUGGACGAGCCCAUCUGGGGCUGGUUGGAAAAUCAGCCAGGAUGCAACAAGCGUCAGUCAGGCCCUCAGGAGGCGGUACAGGCAACUUGUGAAGAAGCUGGUUUAAGCGCGCCGACUACUCAACACACCGAUGUCCCUGGAUGGACUUACCAAGGCUGCUACUUGGAUUAUGUCAACUUUGAACACCUGUUGACUGGUACAUCUGCUUCGCUCCCGAACCCUGUCACACCGGAGUGGUGCGCAGGUUUUUGCAGUGGCACUGGAACCGCGGAUAACGCGCAGAAAGCGCAGACGACAAAGUACCAGUGGAUGUCGCUAGAGUACUCCUCCCAAUGUUUCUGCGGCAAUGACCCGCAACUGUUGAAAACCCCAUCUAACAUCGCCGCCAAUGGGCUUGAGCAAGGCAUGUGCAACUCGGUCUGCACAGCCGACCAGACCCAGAUCUGCGGUGGAUCCAACGGCCAGGCGUCGUUCUACAGCAUCGAUGGCGCUGAUACCUCAUCAUCCAAAAAGGAGAAGAGGGUUUCGCACUUGCACCGCCACGCCCACGCCCACGCUCACGACAGCUCCUUCUAG